AUGAAGACCAUCACUGACACUGACAGCGACACUAUCGCUAUCGACUGGCCGGAGGAUUGGACGCUCACCGCAUUCGCUAGGUACUCCUGCAUCUCUCAGACAAACGACGGUGACCCGCGCCUCCUUUGUCCUGGUCUCUCAUCGCUUCCCCUCUCCCGGCGCCUCGACCGAAUGUGCGACCUCAAUACCCAACCUCUCACCGGACUCCAUGUGGUCUCAUAA